AUGGGAUCGCCCCGGCUCCUUCCCACCGAGGAGCGCUGGUGCUGGGGAGCCGGGCCGGCGCUCGUGGUCCAGGCUCAGCCAGGCGUGGGAGCGGGGGGGUGGGGGGCUGAUGCAGCUUCGGGUCCAGCCGCCGGGGACCCCGAAGGGCUGGGAGCGAACACCCCGGUGGCGUCCAUGCCAGGGGAGGGGACCAUACGGCUGGGGAGACGCGCCGUGAUGUACACGGCGGAGACGAUUCCCAAGGGGAAGAACCGAGUGAUGGGGACUAUCCAGAUCAUGAUGGGCUUCAUGCACAUCGGCUUCGGGAUUGUCCUGACGACCAUCACCAACGUUUACACCUCUGUCUUUGUGAUUGGAGAGAUCCCCUUCCUGGGAGGAGUGUCUGUGAGUAGCAUAAAUGGAACUGAAUGA